UCGGGGGACAAGGGAGCACGUACACAGGAGAAGGAGGAUAAAGGACGCAAUGCUGCGUAUAUGGUUCUUGCAUGCUUUUUCUUUUUGUCGGAACCUUGUGUCCUGCAUAUUAAGUAAGAAAGAGCUUCCCUUCUUUCAACAGACAGAGCACACCACGCUUAAGUUAGCGUUAUUGCACCCACACACCUUGGGCCUUUUUUUAUCCUCCUUCCUUUUCUUUCUAUAUAUUUCCCUUCUCUUUAAACCUUUUUUUCCAAUCCAUACCAAAAUAGUACAUAUCAUACAUACAAUGCCAUGUCCAUAUCCUCCUCCAAGUCCAGCCACCACCACCUCAUUAUCGUCUUCUUUUAAAGUAAUCCAGCAUUACGAAGAAGAAGAGAAGGUUGAUUAUGAUGCUAAACAGCAACACCGGCAACAUAUUCCGCGUUCAUUCCUUCUAUGGCGGCACUCGCAUCAUCGUCAACAUUCCUCUUUACGAAAAACACUUGGCAGUAUAUUCCUGCGCCGUUAUCAUCACUGCCAACAGCAUUCCACCUGCGAAAAAUCCAAAGUUAUCUCGCCCCCAACAACGCCAUCGUCUACUCCCUCAUACCAAAAGCAAAAGUACGAUUACUGUAGCAGCCAGAACAAAAAAGCCAAAGCCAGCUACAGUAGUAGUAGUAGUAGUAGUAGCAACAACAUCAACAACAACAGUAAUGAAAACCAGCAGGAAAAGAGCUGCUACAAUAGUAAAGAUGACAGCGACCAAUACACGGAUGUAAGCAAGUCAAUUGGUGUUGGGUCCUAUGCGGAUGUCCGUCUCGUACAAUCCAAAAGCACACUACAAUUGCUUGCCAUCAAAACAUUUCGAAAGCGGCCAAAAGGCGUUCCCGAGCGCAAAUACAUGAAACAAAUCGCUGCAGAGUAUUGCAUUGCAUCAUCUUUGGACCAUCCCAACAUUGUCAGAACAUUUGACUUGGGAAAGGAUCCUGAUACAGGUCGCUACUUUACUGUCAUGGAAUAUUGUGCAGACGGCGACCUUUGUACAGCAAUCACCGUUGGCAAGUUACGAUCAAUGGACGAGCUUCACUGCUACUUUAAACAGCUCUUGCAAGGACUAGAAUAUUUGCACGAUAUAAUGGGAAUCGCGCAUCGCGACAUCAAGCCCGAGAACCUGCUUUUACAUGGCCACAUACUCAAGAUUACAGACUUUGGGGUAGCCGAUGUUAUGCGGGACGCUUGGCAGACACAAAAGCGACAUAGCUACGAUUUGUGUGGCACAACUAGCUACGUUGCUCCAGAGCUCUACACACAGAAAGAAUACAGAGGUGACAAGGCUGACAUGUGGUCUGCUGGCAUUGUUUAUUAUGUCAUGCGCCGAGGCGAAAUGCUGUUUGCUAGCGCUAAACUCUGCGACAGUUAUUAUCGCUCGUACUUGCGCUACCAUCCCCAUCGCCAGUAUUCCCUCUUUAACAAUAACAAGCUCUUUAAACCUGAAGCACGCGACAUGAUGUAUCGACUCUUGGACCCGGAUCCUUCCAGACGUUAUUCAGCACAGCAAUUGCUACGGCUGCCCUGGAUUGCUAGUAUUCCAAUGUGUUGUCAAAAUUAUAUAUAUCAUGAACACACUAGUACUCGUCUUUCUGCUGCUGCUACACCAAUAGGAGUAACCACGAAUCCCACUCGGCAGCAGCUGCGCCGUGUAAUGCCCAUCAUCCAGCAACAACCGCCAUCAUCAAAAAGUGCUACUAAAGCCUGUCAAUAGCAUCAAUAAAGUUGUUAUACUGUACAAAGUGCCAUGUAUUACAUAUAUAGACACUCACAAACAAACAAACAAACAAAC